GUAUAACCUAUGAGAGACGUUCCAGUUGCGACGCUAGAAAUGCGCACGGCGGUUCCGGCUCGUGAGAAGAUCAAUGACAUGAAGGAAUGGUCCCACAUACAAAAAACUGGAUUUCACAGAUGGAGAUGGACUCCGGGAAAGGUGUACCACUGGGUUCUUUCUUACACUGCCGUCGGCUAUGCAUUCUGGCGGUUCGCAACCACCGAACAGAAAACCUUUCUUCUGGAACAUCAAGGGGGUUCCUUCAAAGACAGUCCUUUCGGUCUUGAGCAAAAGCAGGACGCUGUCAACUGGGAAUGGCAGAGCACAAAGUACGUCAUGGUCGUUGCGUGGAAGUGGCAUCUGCUGCAUCCCCUACUAGCUCGGGUGAUAGCCUGCGUCGCACCGUCGCUGGUUUCCGUCUUCUACGCUGCCUACUCCUUCCUGUUUGUCACGUUCACCUUCGGCUGGGAGGUGGCUCUGCUGUUCGUGGGACAACAUGCCGCGUUCUACGCCGUGACCGUGCUACGCAGCCCAGCGCUGUGCUACGUGGUUGCUGCCCUGAUCCACUUCCAAAAGUUCUUCAUUCCUUUCGAUGCAUACGAUUACAUGUACCCCAGGUACGGCAUGAUGGCCUACAUGGCCGCCUACGUCACCUUCCAUUGGAACAUCUUGCGCGGCCUCAGCUUCAGUGUGGACUACGUUCAAGCCGAGCGCGAGAGGAACACCGGGGACAGUCAGCGCAGAUUGCCGCCGUAUUGGAAGACACUGGGCUACCUGUUGUACCUGCCCACGGUCUAUCUGGGGCCACCACAGAGGUACAACGACUACAUAACCCAGUUGGACAAGCCCAGACCCAGGUGCGCGCCGCUGGUGAUUGCGACUGCCAUCGCAAGGUUGCUUCGUUCCGGGGCCCACUAUCUCCUCAUGGAACUCAUGGGCCACUUCUUUUACGGUGCGGCGAUGUCCAACUUGGCCUGGAUGGGGCAGAGACUGGACCUCGUCAGCCUGGCAGGCUACGCCCUAUCUCUAGAGUUUGACUACUACGUGUGCUAUCUAUUUAACUACGGCUUCGCCGGCGCCCUGGCAAAAGCAGAAGGCAUCGAGAUCCCGGAAACUGCACCCUGCAUAGCCAGGCUGCACCGGUGCUCGCAGUUCUGGAGGUACUUCGACCGUGGCAUGCACCUGUUUAUCCGAAGGUACGUCUACGAGCCCAUAUUGGGAGGCAAUCGCACAGCGUUCCGGCUGGUGCUGAGCACGGCGGUGGCCUUCACCUUCACUUGCACCUGGCACAACUGGCACUCGAACGAAGCCGUCUGGUGCGCGCUCAGUGCGCUCGGCAUCGCGCUCGAAGUGAUCACCAUCGAAUUGAGGAAGUGGACGCCCGUCAAGAAGUUCGAGGGCCGCUACCUGGCGUCAGAUGAGCGGAUGCGAGUGGCCAGGGCCUUGCUGGGAUCCCCGCACUUCCUGCUCACCAUCUGUGCAUGCCUGUUCCACUUGGCACAGGUGGAAGUGUGCCUCGUCAUCUGCAAAAGGAUCUUAACCGGUUUUCCUUUCCCUCUAGUCCCCAUCUUGGUGGUUAUGUACAGCCUCUGCCAUGUUGCCAUGGACGUGGCCGAGUGGGAUGCAUCGGCCAUUGCUAAGAAAAAACAAGCUUCGUCGUGAACCAUAUUUAACCGCACCCCUUUGCAAAAAUACCUAAAAUUGCGUCCAUUGGUUGUUGUUUUUCUUUGUGUAUACAUUUUUUUAACAGCGAAGCUGUAUACGUGAAUUGUACAAUGGGUAUUGCCCGGCGGUGCCCAGCAAAAUGUGCAGUUAACGGUCUAAAGAUAUUUACACCUUUAACGGUUUUGGUUGGCCCCAUGGCUAACGCCCUUGCUCUUAAGUCUAUGAAAAUAUUUUAUUGUAGCAGACAUAUCAAGCUCUAGCUACACCUGCGAUGUGAGAAGCAGUAGUAGAAAACCAUGUGUAAAUUAUGGUCCCAUGUUUCCACGGUGCAUGUUGCACACCGAAAGAUCUGGUACGAAUAAUUUCCAGCGAUAGCUGUUAAAGUUUAUCGCAUGCAGUUUUCGUGCCCCCUGUGGCAGCAAUCAUCACCUUUACAUUCCGCAUGAAUUCGCCAAAACAUACAACAUAAGUUGUCCCAAUAAACGAUUCGAUCUUGCCCUUGAAGAUCUGGGUGUUAAUAAUUAGAUAGCCCGCCAAGCGCUCCUUAUACACCCAUCAUGGUUCUAAAAUGUUUAGCGUGUCAUGGCAUGGUUGGUAUUGAGCAGGCAUAGGUGCAUUGCACAGAGCCCAGGUGGCUCAGCAUGCAGCAAUAUGCGUCGAAUAUUACGUAGAGCAUAACACUGAAGUAUACACGGAUAUAGCCAAUUCAAUGGAACCGGACAUAUAUAGUGUAUUGAAGCAUGUGCCAAGUCUUGGGUAGAUUUGGGGCAUUGGCAAACCAGACCUCUAGUACUUUCGAAGGGUGCGAGAACUGACAUAUACAGCUUCGCUUUCUUUUGUGUAUGAAGUGUUCGAGUUUCCGCAAAUAUGUGAGUUUUACAUGUAAGCUUUGUUGAAAUACAACCUCUUGGUCACGA